AUGAGAUCUGUGGAGGAAUCUCGGGCUCUAUGGAAUACCACCUUCCACCAGCCAGAGAUACACUCUCUCCAUGAAUUGAAACAGGUUUUAGAGGCCGGGGCCAAGGGAUCUAAUCCAUGUGAGGACGGACUGCGGUCGGUGUGCUGGAAGGCAUUCCUACUGCACAAGGAGAUAGAUCAGACUCAAUGGUCGAUACAGCUAUCAGACUCUAGAGAGGCGUAUGCCUCGGUCAAACAGCAUUUUCUCAAAUACAUUGAUAACCCUAAUGAACUAUCCUCUACGGUUGAUCCGCUGGCAGAGGACGCUGAAUCUCCAUGGGAAUCACUUCGACGAGACGAGCAGAUUAGAGCCGAAAUAUCCCAGGAUGUCGAAAGGUGUCUCCAGGACAACAGCUUCUUUCACGAUCCGAUAGUAAAGCUCCGGCUUCUUAACAUACUGUUCGUCUUCGUCAAGCUGAAUCCAGACCUGGGUUAUAGGCAAGGAAUGCAUGAACUGCUCGCUCCCAUAUUAUUGGUAGUAACGCAAGAUGCUAUCGAUUUGCAAACAGUGAGCCAGGACGAAGCCCCUGCUCCUGGUGGGGAGCAAGCGUUAAUGCUACAAUCUCUGGAUCCAACGUAUAUUGAACAUGACUCCUUUAUUCUCUUCUGCGCUAUUAUGCAGACUGCCAAGGAGUUCUAUGAACAUAACGACAGCAAAAGUGGUGGAGGAGGGAAUUUGGAGGUUUCGUCUAUAAUUGCGCGAAGCCAGCAUAUUCAUCUGGGUAUAUUGCGAAAGAUAGACCCCGAGCUGGCUGACCACCUUGUUGCCAUUGAAGUCUUGCCACAGAUAUUUCUAACGCGUUGGAUAAGGCUCUUGUUUGGCCGGGAGUUCCCAUUUGACGACGUGCUUGCUCUCUGGGACUUGAUUAUUGCCGAGAACGUGAGAGCACCACUUGUUGACAUGAUCUGUGUUUCAAUGAUACUACGAAUUCGGUGGCAGUUGAUGGAUGCAGAUUACUCGACUGCCUUAUCCCUCUUGUUAAGAUACCCUUCUCCGGAGCCUAUCAAACCCCGUGCCUUUGUUCUUGACGGCCUCUAUCUAGAACACAAUACAACAUGUGAAGGUGCCUCCUACCUUGUCCAUAAGUACUCUGACAAACAUAUCCCCCAGAAGGUCCAGAACAGCGCGUCCCCUCCCCCUGGAGCCGGAAUGUCUCUCCCAACCAGACAGAAGAGCCGUUCUAUCACUCGUGAUAUUUUCAAUAGCCCGAGCAGCUCGCCGAACAGACUAACCUCAAAACGCCUUGACUCAAUAUUUCAGGAUGUUUCAGAAGGUCUCUAUCGUCGAGCAGAAGGUUGGGGGGUCACAAAGGCUGUACGUGGUGCAGUUACUGAAGCUCGCCGUAACAUGCAAGGCCUCCAAGCAGGCGCAACCAAUACCUCGCUAUUUAGCCAUGAUGGCCCUGCGUGGGACUCCCCCAGUCCACCCCGACUAUCGCUCGCUACGGUAAGAGAGUUGAAGAUGAAAAUGUCUAUGAUGGAACAGCGGAAUAAAGAUCUGGCGACGAUGUUGGAAGAUGCGUUGAAUACUUUGCAGGCCCAGCAGCCAUCACCAGCAGCCACUGAGGAGAAAGGCAUAGAGGGCGAAGACAGCCGAUUGGCGAUGGACGAUGCUGUUGCUACCAUUCGAAAAGUUAAGGCUUGUCUCGAGGAUGCAGCGAUUUCUCUAAGCCCUGCAGGAACUGGAAGAGAAGUACACCGUCCAUCCAACACUCGGAGCAGCGAGGAUUCUCCGACCAGAGGAAGAGUCCAGGCUACCGUGGACCGUGCCCUUGAGCCAGCGAAGUUGAGCAAGGAGGACGAAUUAAAGGCUGCUAUUGCUGCUAGCAUGGAGGAGCCGCAGUCGCCGCAGUCACCGCCAAGCAGCAUCAGCGCUGCCAAUAAUAAUAAUGAUCAGAACACUCUCUCGUCCAAUGCCAGAAAUACGAUUAAUACGACCGCAUCGACGAAGGUGCAUCCGAGCCGACCAACACGAACCUCGGUACGGGACUCAUCGUUCUCCUGGAUCCUGGGCGACGAUCAAGCCCGGCCAAGCUUCGCAACGAGUGCAUCCGCACCUCCCGAGCAGAGACGAGUGCCCCUGAAAUCGCUCUUUGAUAACCCAGAAGGCGAAAGCGACGGCCGGACAGCUUUUGGGGGUUUGCUACUCUCUGAUUUACAACAUGCGCCGCAGUCGAUGCAGCAGCAGCGCCGGCCACAGUCUCCGGAUCAGUGA